CAUGCGCUGGAAAAGUGAAGUAAAAGUAGAGUGCUGCAUGGUUAGCGAGAGUGAAAGCGGAUCUCUGUUGACCAACGAUGAGGUGAGUAAAGGAAAUUAAAGGCAGACGUGUUUUGCUUAUCAGCUGGUUAUAGUGUGAGCCGACGUAGACGGCGACGGAGAUUAAAUAUCGGUCGAAAUUGCUUCGCCAAUUAAAUCAGAGUGGGCUUCAGGCUGCCAUUAAAACAGUCCGUCCACACGCUGACAGCUCGGUAUUUUCACAAUUUGAAGAAAUGUCGAAGAAAAUUACCCUCCCCGAAUUCUGCAAUUAAAACUCAAGUAGUUAAUGAGACCUCUUCACCUUUUGGUUGUCCCGGGUAGACGUUUGUGGCGAAUUUAGCCCUUUUAAUUGCUGUUAUUAAAUAAAUCAAUCCCCUUUCCUCGAGACCUCGCGCUGGGUGUUUUUUGAUUGACACGUGAAAUUGACGUGUUGGGGUGUAAACCAGCACGCGCGCGCACACGCAGCGAGCCGUUGCUUGAAUCCCAAAUGCAGAUCUCAAGAACAUAAUGCACAUAGGAUAAGUAUUAGUUCAAGUGUUGUCUGUUUUUGUAAGUAAUGACUAUCCUUCUCCUUUAAAUGUCAUUUUGGUAAUCGCCGGCGUUGUCAUGGUGAAAAGUGAAAGGCAUGAUAUUUAUGGGAAGAAGGAGCGGGGGGCAUUUAAGGCAGCUGCGACAGUCUGACACAACCGACAUCCUCUUCCCGCCGUAGAGUUUCUCGACAUGUGUGAAGAUUGCAAAGGAGACGAAGAGCUGCUAGGCAAAUGCACUGAGGACAGGAGAGACAUAAUGGGCGCGCCGGUGGAAGUUUUGGAUGAAGACGCGUCGUCGCUGCAGGCGAUGGCCUCUGCGCCUCUUUUAGGCAGAGCUGUAUGUGCGAGCUGCAACGGAGAAAUUGUGGAUAAAUAUUUAUUAAAGGUUAACGACUUGUGCUGGCAUGUGCGAUGUCUCUCCUGCAGCGUGUGCCAGACUUCACUUGGCAGCCACACGAGCUGUUACAUCAAAGAAAAAGCGGUUUUCUGUAAACUGGAUUACUUUAGAAGAUACGGCACCUGGUGUGCGUGCUGCGGCCGGAACAUCCACUCCACAGACUGGGUGCGCCGGGCGAAGGGGAACGUGUAUCACCUGGCCUGUUUCGCCUGCUUCUCCUGCAAGAGGCAGCUGUCCACCGGGGAGGAGUUCGCCCUGGUGGAGGAGAAGGUGCUCUGCAGGGUCCACUACGACUGCAUGCUGGACAACCUCAAGCGGGCCGUGGAGAAAGGAAACAGUGUUAACAUGGACGGAGCUGUGCCCACUGAACAGGAGAUUAACCAGCCAAAACCCUCCAAGAGAGCACGGACCAGCUUCACUGCAGACCAGCUGCAGGUGAUGCAGGCUCAGUUUGCCCAGGACAACAACCCAGAUGCCCAAACGCUGCAGAAACUGGCAGAGCAGACGGGUCUCAGUCGAAGAGUCAUACAGGUCUGGUUCCAGAACUGCCGAGCACGCCACAAGAAGCACGUGAGCCCCAACCACACCUCCAGCACCCCCAUGACCUCCCUGCAGCCCAGCCGCCUGUCCCAGCCCACCCCGACCCCCGAGGAGCUGCAGUACACAGCGUACGGAGGCCCAGAGGGAUCCAUGCUCUCCGCACUACACUCCUUCAUAGACAUUCACGCCCCUCCAUCCAUGUUUCAACCACUGCUGCCAGCCCACGCCAUGACCUCCCUGCCUGUGUCUCACGCCUGAGCUGCUCGCUCUCUCUCUCUCUCUCUCACACACACACACACACACACACACACAUACACACACACUAUAACACACACACGCACAAUAUCUGUCAUUGACAGCCACAGUAUUCAGAUCUCCAUGGUUAAUAUAAAAUAUUUCAGUUUCAGAUAAACAUAAAAACUUUACUUUUCCUUGAACCUCCAGUAAUUCAUCACGUUUAUAUUCUAAAACACUUAUUUCACUGUUGAGCAUAUUAUGGAUGAUUAUAAUUUACAGUCCUAAGUGUGCUGUAUAAUGUGGAAAUGGAAAGGUUUCAGUGUACCUCAUAGGAUUGUGACAUGAAAUUAUAGAUUUAUAUUUGUCUGUGUAGUUGGUGACACAGUUUGACCGUGCUACUCCACGUGAAACCCACCCAGACCUCAAAUGUCAACUCAUUAUGAAGAUGAACUUGAAAUUGUUUGUA